CAGUGACCUUUGACCCUGCUCGAGCUCCUUUAACUUUUAUACUCGACUCUUGAUCAAUAAUUAUGCUUAUUAUACUGUUGCAUGUGCAGAAACAUAACUGAUAAAUGGCGGGUGUAAAUCAGUCACAGCAACUUUUUAUUCAAGCCAUGAUGACCCAAGGGGCAUUACUGGAGGCCGACGUCAAACAGUUAUAUCAUUCUGUGCUGUCCGGAUAUGGGAUAGUAGAAUCGAGUGAUGAGAAGUCAUUCGACAGCUUUCUAACAUCACUGAACCAUCACUUGAAGCUGCUAGACAUGCAGAUAGUACAUUCUCUUAUGGAAGACUCAUACGAGCGGUGGUAUGGACUAGUGAACAGAUCUGCUGAUCCAGGAGCCAAAAUUGCCACUAGGUACACUCUAGCAGAGUUGGAAUUUUUCAACAAAGUGAUGGAAACUCUCGCAACCGAAAAUGGCAUGGCCUCUAGCACUGUACUAAUCAAUAUGACUCAAGGGUUGGAAAGAAAGAUGACAGGAAGUGGAGCACAGUCGUUCUUGACAAGUUUGAUAAAAAGCAAAUGGCUACGUGAAAUUUCUACGGGGAAAUUUGGAGCAGGUCCACGAUUUGUUCUAGAAUUGAGACCUUUCCUAUCGGAUAUAUUCAAGGAAGAUGUUGUGAUUUGUCAGUUAUGUAGAGAAGCCGUUGUAAGGGGAGAUAUCUGCGGUAGUGAAGGCUGUAAUAUCAAGCUGCACUUGCUUUGUAUAGCCCGCUUCGCUCAAGGGAGGGAAAAAGAGAGCUCGUCCACACCAUGUACCAGGGCUCCAGAACAGAGGAGGAAUGCCAGUGUCAAAAGAGUGUCUAUUAAAUGUCCUGGUUGUCAUGGUGAUUGGACAUCUGAUCUUCCACAAAUUGAUUUUCCUGGGAAGAAAACUGACCACCCCGGCAUUACACUCAGUGAUCAGUAAUGGCUCUUCCACAAGCAGAGCAGAGCGAGUGUCUAAGUGAAUUGACUGUAUAGUGUAGAUCAAUACAACUGUUAUGAGCCACAAUUUAUUAUUAAAACAGUUCUUACA